GUAAGUCGGUUUCUCUGGAGAUCGUUGCCGUUCCCUCCCGUCUCUCCCUUGCUCAUUCUUUCUGCUCGAUUCUCUUCCUCCGAACUCUCCUUCGCUUCCCAGAAAAUAUAAUUAAAAAUAAAAUAAAUGGCCGACGGUGAGCCCUCCUCCUCCCCUCCGUCCUCCUCCACCAUGGCCGCCGACGCCGGAUCGCCGCUGCGACAGUCGGUCUGCUGUGCCUGCGGCGGACCCAUCGCCUCCGUGGCCUCCCCGCCACCAUGGACCGACGCCUCCCCACCGCCGGCCUAUCGCCCGAUCCGCGCGCCGGCGAUCAACGCCCCCUCCCAGACCAACGCCAUCAUCCUCGCCCCCGUCCCCCAGCCCCUCCCCGUCCCCCUCGCCUCUCCCCCUUACCACUUCGAAACCCCCUCCAAGCGCAUCUCCUCUCCUGACGACAUUCGCCGCUUCCACUCCUCCGAUUCCGGCCGCCAUUUCCUCGGCUUCGUCGCUGCCCUCUCCCACUCCGUUCGUGGUCGCAAGCUCUCCGACCCCGUCCCCCACUCCCAAACCCUCACCUCCCUCCUCUCCCUCCUCCAAACCCUAACCUCCUGGAUCGACGAGAUCCCCCCACUCCCCCACCCCGCCCGCUACGGCAACCCUGCCUACCGAUCCUGGCAUGCCCGCCUGUCCGCCGAGGCCCCCGCCCUCCUCCUCGCCCUCCUCCCCUCCGACAAGCUCCGCCCCGCCACAGACGAGCUCCUUCCCUACCUCCUUGACUCGUUCGGCAACGCCUCCCGCAUCGACUACGGCACCGGCCACGAGACCAACUUCGCCGCCUUCCUCUACUGCCUCGCGCGCCUCGGCCUCAUUUGGGAGGAGGACCACCCUGCCGUCGUCACCAGGGUCUUCGUCGCCUAUCUUGAACUCAUGCGCAAGCUUCAGACCACCUACUGCCUCGAGCCCGCCGGGUCUCACGGCGUCUGGGGCCUCGAUGAUUACCACUUCCUCCCCUUCAUCUUUGGCUCAGCUCAGCUCAUUGAUCACAAGUAUAUGAAGCCCAAGUCGAUUCACAACCAGGAUAUUCUCGAUAACUUCUCCCAUGAGUAUAUGUAUUUGGCCUGUGUUGCCUUUGUGAAGAAGGUGAAGAAGGGGGUGUUCGCGGAACACUCCCCAAUGCUCGAUGACAUUAGUGCGGUCCCAACGUGGAGCAAGGUGAACAGCGGGAUGCUGAAGAUGUAUAAAGCUGAGGUGCUUGAGAAGGUACCGAUCAUGCAGCAUUUUCUCUUUGGAUCACUUAUCAAAUGGGAGUGAGGUCAUCUUCAUUGGUCAUAUUACGUGAAGUCAGGUUCUGAAUGCUUGCUCUCCGGCUUUUCCAGGUGUUCCCAGACAUAAGAAAAUUGAUUUGUAUAGUGAUGCUAUGCUUUCAUGUAAUUGGGUUUCUCCGAAGCAUCAGAGUUGGGCAUGCUGGCAAUCCUUUUUAAUUCAAAGGAUUUCCCCCCCUUCCUUUCCACCUUUUGGAUGGGUUACAUGUACAAGGGAUGCAUGCAUGCCUCCACGUCUCCUUGCAAGGCAGAAAAAGAAUCUUGGUUACUGCAGCUUUGGUCUUUUCUUUGUAUCGUUUACUGCUUUAUUUGCACACAAACUUAUUCUCUAGUGACCUUUGUUUCAGGUGGAAACACCAAUAUGAACUGAUGCAUGUACGAACUCUAUUAACAAACGGAAUGCAGUUUGUUGUUCCUUUCUAUGCAUGGUUCUGAGGGUUUCCAUCUAAAAUACAUGAAUGGUUUUGUACGAAGUAUAUGUGGUGACAAGCAAAAUUAAGCUCUGCACAUGAUUAGCAACACAA